AUGGCCUAUCUCAAUAAGCAGCAUGAAGCCAAAGAAGUCCAGAGCUGGAAUCUACUAUGGGAAUAUUUCUCGUUGAGCCCGUUUGUCAUGUUGGAUGCCAGAUAUAAUGGUACCUCCAGCAAAAAGAAGUCAUCUUCAUCAGUAGUAAACUCCUUGGCCAAUAUUUUUGAUCCUAAUGCUUUAUAGAAUCACAUGUCUCAUGAAGAGGGACUUUCCCCUACACUCUCUUUAUCAAGCACAAAUUUCUGCGCUCCUGAAAACAGAUGUGUGUUGGACUUGAAGGUGGUUUCCUUGGAUCAGAAAAUAUAUGCAUUGCUGAUGCAAGACAAUGUUCUGCAGAAGUUAGAUUGUGUUUCACAGGAAAUCUGUUCUACAGAAGGGAAUAUUGAACUCUUGAAAGCAAAUGGAAGGAGCUGUGGCAAAAGACCACCUGCUGUCACAUCAGAAAAGUUAAUGAGCUCUGAUACAAAGCUAUUAUGUACGGACAUUAACAAGAAGCUCUCUGAAAUGACCAAGAAUGCUGAACAACAUAAGCAAAGUUUAGAAGGCGUUGAACAAGUGAUCCUGGAGGUUCAGCAACUUGUUGGUUCUUUAGGAGAGGAAAUAAAUACACUUACUGAUCUAAUGUGCAGGAAAGAAGCUCCUUAUAAACUCCUCAGAGUUGGUGGCAAUUUGAAAAAAGAUAAGUCAGAAAGUCGUUUCAGAAUGCAGAUGUUCUCAGACAAAAAGGAAACAUUGUUCAGUAAAUGGAAUGAAAAGGAAAAGUCAUAUCUUACUGCAGAGGGAACAAAAUUUAUAAAAAAGAAAAAAAUGCCCGAUUCCUCAGAUGAAUCUGAUGAACAGUCAGAAUCAUAUUCUCAUGUAGAAAAGGUCCAUAAACUCAACAAGGAGAAUACUGAGAAGGCAAGCACUUUUCUUGUUCAGAGAAAUUCGCCUAAGUCUCUUGACCUCAAUGAGUCUAAAGUGUGUGCAGAGCGAAGUCAUAGCAAUAGUUGGAAAAGUUCUCUUCAGAAGACCACAGGAAAGAAUCAGGCAGAAGUGAAUAGCAAUGAAGCCAGCCAGAGUCAGAGUGGCCCAGAUACAGAAGGUGAUGCUGUAGGACUCGUGAAGAAGCAUGAUGGAUCCAAAGAAAGUCCAGAGAAUGUGGGAGAAGAUGAUAAAAGAAAAGAUAUUACCAGGGAUGAAAAAACAGAAGUAUCAGAAACAACAUCCCAAAGAAAAGAUCCAAUAGGAGAUCCAGAUGUCAAGCAUACAGAGAAUGAAAAAGCUUCGUUUCUUUUGAAAGAUGAGCAAACCACCAGCAGUAAGCGUCGUGUGAAUGAUGGAAGUUUUCCCAAAGACGUCAACAAAAAGAGCAGAGUAGAUGUAGCGAAGGCCAGUGGUGGACUUAAACCAAAGGAAGCAGCUAAGCCAAGAACAGGGGAGCCCGCCUUACCUGGAAAAACAGUGGGAUCUAAAUCAACGGUUGGCGACAAAAGCAAAGUGAAGAAAGAAGCUUCAAAAGGGAAUAAUUUUAUAAUUGACGAAACCCCACCACCACCUGCCCCUUUUGAUCACCGGAUUGUCUCAGCAAAAAGAGCUGGGAUCAAUAGCUUUUACCAUAUCUUCAAGCGUGAAGUUUUGGGAGGUGGACGAUUUGGCCAGGUGCAUAAAUGUGAAGAAAAAGGGACAGGUCUCAAAUUAGCAGCCAAAAUUAUAAAAGCCAGGAAUGUAAAGGAAAAGGAUGAAGUGAAGAAUGAGAUUAAUGUAAUGAAUCAGUUGACUCAUGUGAACCUUAUUCAGCUGUAUGAUGCUUUUGAAUCAAAAAAUGACGUUGUGCUUAUAAUGGAAUAUGUGGAAGGAGGAGAACUGUUUGAUCGGAUUAUUGAUGAGGACUGCAACUUGACAGAGAUGGAUGCCAUCUUAUUCAUAAAGCAGAUCUGUGAAGGGAUUCAAUACAUGCAUCAAAUGUAUAUUCUCCAUUUGGAUCUGAAGCCUGAGAAUAUCUUGUGUGUGAAUCGAGAGGCAAAUCAAAUAAAGAUUAUUGACUUUGGGCUGGCAAGGAGAUAUAAACCAAGGGAAAAGCUUAAGAUCAACUUUGGCACUCCAGAAUUUCUUGCUCCUGAAGUUGUGAACUAUGAUUUUGUUUCUUUUCCUACUGACAUGUGGAGUAUAGGUGUCAUUACCUACAUGUUGCUUACUGGAUUAUCUCCUUUUCUGGGUGAUGAUGAUAAUGAGACUUUGAACAACAUCCUGGCUUGUAGGUGGGACUUUGAAGAUGAAGAAUUUGAUGGUGUGUCUGAAGAAGCCAAAGAUUUCAUCUCUAAGCUUCUUAUCAAGGAAAAGAGCUGGAGAAUAAGUGCAACUGCAGCUUUAAAACAACCUUGGUUGACCAGCCAAACACUCCAUUGCAAACUGGAAGCUAAGAGGAGGAAUAAACGUUCUUCUCCAUCUUAAGCACCUGUGGUUCCAUAACAUCUCUCAGAAAUGGAAGGAGAAGCUGCUGUGUAAUCACUGCUUAUGUGAUACUUGGAAACACAAAUGAGUCAUUCUGAGGCUUCGCCUUCCUCUCCUCCUCCCCAAGAUGACUUGAGGUUUUUACUAACUGGACCAACAACCACUUGAGCUGCAGGAUUAAAUCCCAGCAGUGCUGAGCUACUCUCCUCCCCUGCUUUCUUUCAGUCUUCAGUGGCAGCUGGUAUUUCCAGGAAAGGGUGCCAUUUGAAGAUGGUACUGAUUUGUGUUUAAGACUGGUAUCUUUGCUUACAUUCAGCAUGAUAUUUCUGAUGUUUCCAGAGUCAGCUGUUGAACGUAUGUUGAGAUGAUCAGAUUCUUACUCAGCUCAGCCCAGCAAUAGAGGUUGACCUUGAUUUUAUGAUGGCUGCUUUCAAAACUACUGCAUUGAAAAACAUGCUGUUAGAAAAA